AUGGAGCAAUUUUCGUUAUGUGUUCGCUACUAUGAUCACGACAUAAAGAAAAUAAGGGAGGAUUUCCUUGAGUUUGUAGGUGUAACUGAUCUAACAGGCAAAGGACUUGCAAAUGUUUUAAUGGACACUCUAGCAAAUUUACACAUAGACGGUAAUUUUAUGAUUGGUCAAGGAUAUGACGGAGCCGCUGCAAUGAGUGGUCGACUUCAUGGGGCGCAACAAUAUGUUGCUGAGAAAUUUCAUUUGGCUAUUUACGUACAUUGCGCAUCUCACAGUCUAAACCUAGCACUUUCUGAUGGCUGCGAACUACCAGCUGUGAGAAACUGUAUGGGAAUUCUUAAUAGCACAUACAACUUUUUUAACACACCAAAACGACAAUCUUUGCUUGCAAAUUCAGUAGAGAAAUUAACACCUAAAGCAUCAGCAUCUCGACUUAAGCGAUUGUGCGCAACCAGAUGGAUUGAGCGUCAUGAGUCUGUCAACGUUUUUAUACAGCUUCAAAAAGCAACUGUUGAUUCACUGGAAAUUAUGUCAUCCUGGCACGAUACAACAACUUCUUCAACAGCGGUUCAACUUUUAGGAGCAAUUAGGAGUCUUGAGUUUCAAGUUUCUCUUAGAGUUAUCUCAAAAAUCUUUGCAAUAACACUUCCUGUCAGCAGAAUACUCCAAACAGAAAACUUUGAUCUAUCUGCGGCUCUAAAAUUUACAGAAGAUUCAAGUAGCCUACUGGUAAAUAUGCGGAAGGAUCCUGAAUCAGAAUUUACUACCGUAUUUAAUGAAGUCAAAGACAUUUGUGAGGACUUCGAUAUAGAUAUACUUAUUCCACGUCGAGAUGGAAAACAAAUUCAACGCUGCAAUGUGAUGGCAAAUACGCCUGAAGAGUAUUACAGAAUAGCUGUAUUUAUUCCUUUCCUUGAUUCGGUUAUAUGUCAAAUAGGAGACAGAUUGCUAAAACAUAAAUCUGUUUUGAGAGGUUCUAUGUGUCUUUUACCCAAUGACUCGGGUUUUACCAAAGAACAGGAAAAUAAUGCCAUAAUACUUAUGCAAAAAUAUGAACGUUUGAUUAACUGCAGUGUCAUCGCUGAAAGCAUUGGAGAACUGAAACUGUGGUGGCGCCACAUUAUUACAAGUGGAAAUGUACCGCAAAACGCUCAUCAAGCUUUUUUAAUGUGUGACGUAAAAAUAUUUCCUACUGUAUAA